UUUAUCCAGUGUGCAAAGUGCAGUGAAGUAUUCUUACACAAGUACUCCGAGACUCUUUUAUCAUCACCAAAAAUGGUGAAGCUUAAUGAGCUGGAUAAAGAACAGCUCACAAUGCUUCAUCAAACUUUUGAUGCAUUUGAUGUGGAUAGAAAAGGCUAUAUUGGAAUUGAAAUGAUUGGAACGAUUUUAGACAUGUUAGGAACUCAAUUAGCGGGUGAUGAACUUGAUAGUGUUAUCUCUGAAAUUGAUGAAGACGGAAACGGCGAAGUUAAUUUCGAAGAGUUUGCAAAUUUAGCGGCACGUUUUCUCGGUGAAGAGGAUGAGGAUACUGAGGCAAUUCAAUUGGAACUGAAAGGAGCAUUUAGACUUUACGAUAGAGAUGGUAAUGGAUUUAUCACCACUGAAGUUUUGCGGGAAAUCUUAAGAGAAUUGGACGAUAAGUUAAGUGAUGAUGACCUGGAUAAUAUGAUUGAUGAAAUUGAUGCUGACGGAUCUGGAACAGUCGAUUGGGAAGUGUUAAAAACUACUUUUGAUGGCUUCGACGUUGAUAAGAAAGGAAAUAUUCCCGUUGAUAUGAUCGGCCAAAUCUUGGAUAUGUUAGGUCAUCAACUAACUGCAGAAGAAUUACAAGCGAUUGUCUCUGAAAUUGAUGAAGAUGGUAAUGGAGAAAUGAGUUUCGAAGAAUUUGCUCAUUUAGCUGCUAGAUUCUUAGUUGAAGAAGAAGAGGACACAGAAGCUAUUCUAAGAGAGUUAAAAGACGCUUUUAGAUUAUACGAUAAAGAAGGUUUAGGAUUUAUCACAACUGAUCUAUUAAGAGAAAUCUUGAAAGAAUUAGACGAAAAAGUAACGCCGUCAGAUUUAGAUCAAAUGAUUGAAGAAAUUGAUAUUGAUGGAUCUGGAACUGUAGAUUGGGAAGAAUUCAAAGCUAUGAUGAUUGGAUAAAAAGUAACAUUAAAAACAGUUUUUAUAUUUUUGUUUUUACUAUAUAU